AUGGCAGCCAUCUCUUCAGAAAAGUCGUCUUUCGCGGAUGUGGGCUCAAUAUCAGCACCGUCUUCCUCAAAACCCUCCUCCUUCUCUGCCCUCUCUCCCCUGACGAACGUGUAUCGGCGGUUCUCAGACUGGCGCAGUGCACUCGGUCUUCCUAACCCUGGCUCGGUGGAGAACCUCCAGAAGGAGAUCAAAAACACUCAUCUGACGAACUUCUUCUUCGAUGGUGCGCGGGCGGACCUGAUGAAGGGCCUCUCGAUGGAUCCCGCCUUCCAAGUAACACAUUCCUUCUCGCUCGCGUCCCAAAGCGCUCCUCCAUCGUACAACUUUGGUGCUGUUUUUGCGAACCAGCAGGUUUUCCUCCAGGGAAGUGUGGAUCACGAAGGGAAUGUGAACGCUCGGUUGAAUCAAGGCUGGUCACCGACCAAUGUUACGAAGAUCCAGGCUCAGCUCUCGUCUCAAGCCGGUCAUAACAUGAUCCAGCUAGAGCACGAUUAUCAAGGUUUAGACUACAGCGUAAAUGCGAAAGCAAUCAACCCUUCGCCGACGGACGGCACCGGGGUCUACGUCAGCACGUACCUCCAGUCUAUCACCCAAAAACUCGCCCUCGGCGUCGAGUCGGUCUACCAGCAUCAAUCGGCGCAGCUCACCGACUUCAGUAUGUCGUAUCUUGCGAAAUACACUGGCGCGAAUAAGGAUUGGAUUGCGACUGCGUCGGUUCAGCCCGCUGGCAUUCUUCAGGCGACCUACUGGCACAAGCUGAGCGAAAAGGUGGAGGCUGCCGCGGAUCUGCAGCUUAUUGCUGCGCCCGGGCGGAGAGAUGCCAUCGCGGUGCUUGGUGCCAAGUAUGACCUUCGUAUGUCGACGUUCAGAGCGCAGCUGGACUCGACGGGCAAGGUUUCGGCACUGCUCGAGCAGCGGUUUGCACCAACGUUCGCCUUCACGGUGGCCGGUGAGAUCGAUCACUUCAAGAACUCGGCGAAGGUGGGUGUAGGCGUGAUGAUCGAGAGCACGAGCUUGACACCUGAGGAGAUGGGCAUGACAAUGCCUCCAGGCCCUCCCCAACUAUAA